GUCUGAUCAUCUAUCAAUCCAAAAUGUGAGAGGAUGAAAUCCUGCACUUAUAUAAAGGACAAACAUGAAGACAUCUCCACUCCUCUUUCACCAUGCGGGGCGUCCUUCUGUGCUGCCUUGUGGCUCUGGCCGCAUGUCAAAAUUUACACUAUGAUCUGACCCUGAAUCCAAAGAAAACCUAUGACUACAAAUAUGAAGGAGAAGUGAGCUUCGGACUGAACGAGCCAAACUUGGCCGAGUCUGGCGUGAAAAUAAGGUGCAAGGCCAAAAUCAGCGGCGUGUCCAAUCAGACGUUCCUGCUUCAGAUCUCAGAUCUAGAGUUUGCUGAGUACAAUGGCUUCCGGGGGAAAAACGACUACAAUGCUUCCCCAAAACUCACAAAGAGAAUUGCUGCUGAGCUCGCCAAACCUUUCAUGUUCGAGUACACCAGCGGACACAUCGGUGACAUCCACGCCUCGGCUGACACCUCCACCACUGUCAUCAACAUCGUGAGAGGAAUACUCAAUUUCUUCCAAGUGACUGUAAAGACCACACAGAGCAUCUAUGAGCUGGAGGAGUAUGGAAUUCAUGGCAAGUGUCAGAGCAACUACGCCAUUGAAGAAGACGAGGACACAAAGGUGUGGAACAUCACUCAGGUUGUGGAUGUCACCAACUGCAAAGAGAAAGCAGCAAUUCACAAGGGAAUGGUCACUGCUGUGGAGGACAAGUUAUCCAAAGAGAGAGGGGAGUCUGUGGUUUCCACCAUGAGGUAUGUUUACACAGUCAAGCCCACAGCAGAGGGGGGUCUCAUUACCAAAGCCCACGGCCUGGAACGACAGUUCUUCAGCCCCUUCAACGUGAAGGGUGGCACAUUUGAGAUGCAAGCCAUGAAGGAGCUGGAGCUGCUUGGUGUGAGCGACACGGUUGGAACCAUCACAUCUGGACCCAUGGAAAGCAAAGGCAACAUUGUUUACAAGUUUACCGAUGUUGACGUUCAUUUUCCCAUCAUGAUGCAGAACCUGGACAACCCCAUGCCUAAGGCUGUGGAACUUAUCAAGCAUCUGGCUGAUGACAAUCUUUACAGCAUUGCUGAUACAACCACGGAGGAUAUUAUGAAGGUGUACCAGUUGAUGAAGGUGAUACCUUAUGAAGAACUGGAGCUCAUGUGGAAGCAGUUCUCACAAAACCCAGAGUACAGGCGCUGGUUUCUGGACCUGACUUUUGAAAUUGGUGAUGCCAAAGUCCUGAGAUUCCUGGAAAGCCGGUUCCAGGCAAGAGAUCUGUCUCCAACUGAAGCCUGGCAAACCUUUUUGAUGACUAUUGAGCAUCUGCAGGCGACUCCAGAGCUGGUGGAGAAGGCCAAAGCCUUCCUGAAAAUGCCAUUCAGCAAAUCCAACACCUAUCUGUGGCACACUGUGGUUCUCUCCUAUGGCUCUCUGGUCUACAAGCACUGUGCAUAUUACACACCAUGUCCAGUGACCGCUGUUCAGCCACUGCUGGACAUGGCCACUGAUGCUCUGAGGAGAGGUGAAAAGGACGAAAUGGUCCUCGCUCUGAAAGCCCUGGGGAACGCGGGUCAUCCUGGGAGCAUUAAGACAAUCAUACGUUUCCUUCCUGGAGUUGCUGCCACCCCUGUGGAUCUGCCUCUUCAUGUUGAGAGUGCAGCGGUACAGGCAAUGAGACUGAUUGCAGUCAGAGACCCUCACACUGUCCAAGACAUCACCAUGAGCCUGCUCCUGCAAAAGAAACUUUCAGCAGAGAUCCGCAUGUUGGCCUUCAUGAUCCUUUUUGACACCAAGCCUUCGAUGGCUGUCGUCUCCACGGUGACAAUGCAUCUGCUGGAUGAAGAAGACCUUCAUGUUGGUAGCUUUGCAUACUCUUACCUCCAAGGCCUUGCCAGAUCCUGGACUCCAGACAAUCACUUCCUCUCAACUGCUUCCAGUGUAGCUAUGAAAAUCCUCGCUCCUAGGUUUGCUCGUUUCAGCUAUAACUACAGCAAAGCGAGGCACGCAGACUGGUUCAGUGAUAAAUUCCUAGUUGGUGCAGCAUCUGAGUUCUUCAUGCUGAAAAGUGCAAACCACAUACUUCCCACUGAGAUCAUGGCAAAGGGAAAGUUCCACAUCAUCGGUAGAAUCAUCCAACUGAUGGAGUUGGGAAUCCGUGUUGACGGACUUAAGGAUCUGUUUGGAACAAGCAUUCCCGGAUUUAAAGGAGACUUCAGCUUUGACGACCUUAAGGCUGUUUUCAGAGUGCUUCAAAACUGGGAGAAAAUGCAAGACGAUGAGCCGGUUGUUUCAGCGUAUUCUCGGGCCACCGGUCAGGAGUGGUUCUACGCUGACAUCACCAAGGAGACCAUCCGCAACAUCAUCACGGCACUGAGUCCUGCUGCAGGGAGAUCAAGUCUUCUGUGGGCUGUGAUGGAGAACUUGCUGGGAGGAGCUUCUUGGCACUUCACACGGUCGUUCUUGAUCCUUGAGGCUCGUCACGCCCAAGCCACGUCUCUGGGUCUGCCUGUGGAGAUUAGCAAAUAUUACAAUGCUCUUACUGCUGUAGCAGUUAAAGCCAAAGCCACCAUAAGCCCACAACCAACCGAACAGCUUGCACAGCUCCUCAGUUCUGAGAUUUCACUGGAAACAGAAGCUUUUGCUGGAAACACAAAGGACUUCUGGGUUUUCUAUGGAAUCAACACGGAUCUGUUCCAGUGUGGCUCUGAGUUCAAGAGCAAAGUUUCCACUGCUGUUCCAUGGAAGUUUACAGCCAAUAUCAAUGUUGCAGAAAAGAGAUUUGAGCUCGACUUCCCCACUUGCAAGGGAGAGAUUGAACUGUUUUCAAUGAGGUCUGAUGUGAAUGCAGUCUCCAGGAACAUUGAAGAGCCAGAUUUGGCCAAAGCAACACCAAUAAUGCUGACCUCUGACCCCACUGAAAGCAGGACUUCCAACAUCUGGCAUCCGUCCUCUAAGCUGUGUGCAGAGAGUAAUUCCUACGGAGUGGGUGUGUGUGCAGAGUAUGAGCUGAAGAGGGAGUAUUACCAUGACGAAUACCCCCUGUACUACUUCCUGGGAUACACUGACAUGGCGGUUAAAGUCGUUCCAGUCCAGACAGUCAAACCUGUUGACAAAAUCCACUUAGAGGUAACCGCCGGUCCCAGCUCACAUCUGAUGAAUGCACACCAGCUGCUUCAGAAUCUGAGGAGCCUUUCCAAGGAAGCAAUGGAGAAAAUGAACAUGUCUUCAGAUUCAUCUUCAAGUCAGAGAAAAUCACAGAGAGACCAGAACAUCAGGAUGGAUGCUGCAGCACCUGAAGCUGUCUUCAAUUUCAAAGUCUUUGCUGAGAGUCAGAACCAGAAGCCCGAGGGUUAUGAUGUAGCUGUGUACUAUACACCCGAGGCGAAUGCUCAAAAUGCCCAGCUAAUUGUCUCCCAAGUUGGAGCCAACACCAACUGGAAGCUGUGCCUCGACACCAGUUUAGACGCUCGCGUCAAGGCAAAGACUCACGUUAGAUGGGGAGCUGAGUGUCAGACCUAUGACAUGUCAAUGCUAGCUGCUGCAGAAUUAAAUACUACCAAGCCAAAGGUCGAAGUCAAAGCACAAUGGACCAAGCUCCCAGAAUACAUGGAGGAAAUCAGCCGAAGAAUUGAAAGAUACAUCCCUGGCAUGGCUUUCCUUUAUGGAUUCUAUAGGGAAAACGAGGAAAACAACAAACAAGAAGUUUCUGCAUCCAUUGUUGUUGCCUCAAAGGACAGCUGCAAUGUGAAGGUUGAAUUCCCAGAGUACACCAUGUACCGUGAGGCCGUGCAUUUCCCCAGACCAUCUGUCCAGUUCCAGGAGUAUCUGAAAAACAUCACAUCUUCAGUGUCUUAGACUUCGAUGGCUUAAAACAAACACGGCCAGAUCCACACGGAGCCAGACAUUCGACGUGCCAUCGCUGAGGAAACACCUGCAGUAGUAAAGCAUCGUAAUAAUCUCUCAGAGCUGAAAAUGUUUAGAUUUAUUCAUCUGAGACCUUGUUAAUGUGUCAACACUGCUGUGUAAGAACAAAUGGUGUAAAUGCAUACUUGUAUUACAAAUUAUGUUAAAAAAAUCUUCCAAAAAUAAAAUUCAGAUUUAAGAAAAAGCA